AUGAAAGGCCCUUACCCAGAGAUACAAGGCGGCGGCUCCCUGAUAUUGGCAUGGCAGAUCCGGAAUAAGCGGGUGCUUGUAGUCGGCGGCGGCGAGGUCGCCGCUGGUCGCAUCGUGAAUGUGUUGAAUGCCGACGCCAAAAUCACCCUCGUGUCUCCACGCGAAGGACUCAACGACGAAGUCGCGUACCGGAUAGAGCAGGGUCAGGUCGAUUAUGUCGAUCGCAAAUUCGAGCCCUCUGACCUGGACGGCGUCGACAUGGUCCUGACUGCCGUGGAUGACCCGGAGGCCUCUUCGCAGAUAUACAAGCUGUGCAAGGAGAGGCGCAUAGCCGCCAACAUUGCCGACGUACCGCCCGAGUGCGACUUCUACUUUGGCAGUGUCCAUCGCGACGGACCAUUGCAGAUCAUGGUCAGCACAAACGGCAAUGGUCCCAAGCUGGCCAACAUUGUGAGGAGGCAGAUAGCGGCUACUCUCCCAUACAACAUCGGGGCCGCAGUGCAAAGAGUUGGAAUACUGCGCCGGAAGCUACGGAAGGUCGCCCCCAACAUUGAAGAAGGCCCAAAGCGAAUGCAAUGGAUGUCCAAAGUCUGCGAGCAAUACUCCCUCGAUGACCUCUGCUCCAUGACCGAAGAAGACAUGGAAAUGCUUCUCGGUUUCUACAAGCCGGGCGCCGUUCCCACACUCGAAGAGGUCCGACUGCAAGAGCCAGAUGGAGCCAUGCAACUUGCACAGCGCCCGCCGUACGAAACUGUUGACUUCAAGGCCCUUGCUAAAAGCGACAAGAACUUCAAACAACUAUGGCAGCGCACGUUGGGCAAGUUGGACUUUCAAGAUCCCGAGACCAUCCAGACGCUAUCGAAAGCGAUUCUAAAGGUAGACUUUGGCCUUGAGCUGCAUGUUCCCGGUGACCGUUUGUGUCCGCCUAUACCCAAUCGCUGGAACUACGUCGCGUGGUUGCAAGGCCUAAUUGACUCCACAUCACCAAACUACACGAGCAAUUAUGACCCAAACCGACAAAUCCGUGGUCUGGAUAUCGGCACCGGCGCUUCUGCAAUAUACACUCUGCUUUGCUUGAAAUCGCGCCCAAAUUGGUCAAUGUGUGCCACCGACAUCGACAAGAAGAGCUUCGAGUCGGCUGCUCGCAACCUCGCCCUCAACACCCUCAUGACACGAACCAAGCUACUCCAAACCACUGAACUAAACCCCCUCAUCCCACUCGCAGCACUAGGCGUUGACCAUCUCGACUUCACCAUUUGCAACCCACCUUUCUUCAAUGACGUGGCCGACAUGCAAUCCAGCCUCAAAGGCGAGGGCAAGAGCUGGAAACCCAAUGCCGUAUGUACAGGCUCCGAGAACGAAAUGGUGUAUCCAGGCGGCGAUGUGGGCUUCGUAACUAAGAUGGUCAAUGAAAGUCUCGUGCUGCGGGAAAAAACAGUGCCAAAGCCAUUAUUCGUCUCCUGA